AUGUCGCCGCGGAAAUCCACAUCCUCCGUCGCGGAGGCCAACAGCCAUGAAGAAGAACAGCAAGCGGCGGCGGAGAGCUCAAAAACAGCCGGGAGCGGUACAGACCCUAUCGAGACCGGCGUGAAUGUUGAGGAUUACCUCCUCCCGCGAUCUCUCACGCAACGAUUGGCAAAGAGUGUUUUGCCUCCGAACACCUCGAUACAGAAAGACGCGUUGUUAGCAAUCUCCAAGGCCGCUACGGUAUUCGUUUCAUACCUCUCAUCACACGCAAACGAAGAGACCGAAAAGAAAACCAUAACCCCACAAGACGUCUUCGCCGCCCUCUCUCAAAUAGAAUUCGACGCCUUCCUCCCGCGCCUCGAGCGCGAACUAGCCGUGUACACUGAAGCAGCUGCAGAGAAGCGGAGGGGCAAGAAGGAUCGCAAAUCUGGCGCUGCCACUACGGCUGCGACGAUGGGGAUAGAAACAGGUGCCGGUGCAGUAGGAAAUGUAGGCGCCGCUUCAGCUGCGGAUGGAGCUGGAAGUGUUGAGGAUGGGAUUGAACCAGGUGCUAAGCGGCUAAAGCGCGGUGGAGAGGGUGCAACAGAGAUGGCAAUUAGGAGGUCGCGACCUGGGAUUGGUAAUGGGGGGGUGGCUGAAGUGGAGGGGGAGCCUGGUGAGGUUGGUGGUGGUGGUGAUGGUGAUGAGACGGAGGAAAUGGAGGAGGAUGUGUUGGAUGAGGACGAAGAAGAAGACGAGGAGGAGGAAGAGGAGGAAGAAGGGGGAGAUGGGGAAGAAGAAGACGAGGAAGAAGCUACUCAAAAUAGUGAUCGGGAUGGAGAUGAGAUUGAUAUUGAUGGGGAUGCGAGUGAUACGGCGAAGAGGAGGAAUGCUGGAAUGCAUCCAGACCUAGAUUCGGGGCUCGAAAGCGAUAGCGAUGGGCUAUGA